AUGAACGGCAACUUCAACACAGAAAUGCGCCGGAUAUCUGGCUGUCGCCCUGGCCAGCUCGACAGUACCCAGCCACAGCGCGUCCUGCGCCACCCUCUGUCCGUGCUGUCUUUCGGCUCGUUCGACCCGCAUACCGCUGCGCCACAAACCGACCCUGCGCCAGCAAAUGCGGCGGAGAGACUGAAACAGAGCGGCGCUCGACGCGUCGUACUCGAAACCUUUCCUGACGGGAGCUCAUCGUGGCGCUUUGUUCCCAAUCCGCACUUUCAAGGAGUUCAUGAAGAGGGGACCCAUUGGCCGCGCGUGGUUGACCUAUGCGGCGAAUUUGUUCUCACAUCAUUGGAACAGUGGGACAUCUAUAAACUAGAUCCUGCAUACAGAUGCACGUUAUACCCUGCAUACCCCAAGAUCAUACGAGAGGAACCGCCUCCCGCUCACCCUGCCACGGCCUCUGCCUCAUCACAAGAAUCCAUCGCCAACGCGUCGAAGCGCCCACGCCACUCUUCACCGGCGGAACAAGGACCUACGCCGAAGCGCUCACGUCGGACACCCGAAGUUAUCCAGCUACUGAGCGACUCGGAAGGAGACGAGUCUGAGUCUGAGGUCACGGAGAUGAUCAUCGACUCAAGCUCCCCGGGAAGGAGACUAGUACCUAAAGCGAAGGCGUCCAAAAUCCCGUCACGGCGUACCAAUCGCGACCACCCACGCAAAGCCGAAUUCAAGACGCAACCACAGCCUGCCGCAGCGCCGUUCUCGCGCACAUCCUCCAUGUCUCAAUCUGUACCAUCUACGCCUAGCAUGAGCUCACAAACACUACCUACAUUCGGCAGUCCAAAUAAACGCAAAGGUACCUCGCCAACACAGGACUCGUCGCAAGACUCUUAUAAACCUGCGAAACGUGCUCGUACGCGUUCUCCGGGAGCUGAGCGCGCCGAAAAGACCGCGCAGCAUCAGGAGCGCAUGAAGGCUCGCGAGCGGGAAGAGAAACGUGCACGGCGCUUACGAGCGGAAAAAAGCGAACGAGCUUGGAUGGAAAGCAUCCACGAAGACGCCCACGAGCACUUUGCCGCCCGCGCAAGUUCUGCUGUACCUGCUACGGAGGAUGACGAUGUACGAAGUCAGGCGACCGAAGAAGACACGGAGACCACAGCAAAUGCGGGUGCAUCUACGGCGAGCGCAGAGGACAAGCCUACUGAUCCCGAAGAAGCCGCGCGGCUUGAAGCGCUCAGGGCGUCGCGUCGCAAGCUCGAAGAACUCGAGCGUGAUCGCCCGCUAUGGGAAGCAGCGGCUCGCGAGCGUAAGCGCCGUGAAGAAGAAGAGGAGACAUCUCUACGCGCCAAAGCCGAGCAGCGCAAACGCGAAGCCGAAGAAGCCGAGCGUGCACGCGCGCAACAGGCUACACGAGAGCGUCUGGCGAGGGAACACGCCCAGAGGGCGGAGCGCGAGGCAAAGGAGGCGGCGCGGCGGGACCAGGAGUGGCGUUCGCGUAUGCAGCGCGAGCGAUGGGCACGGGGACCUUGGACCGCCGAACGCGCCCUUGAGCGCUACAGGCAGCUCGCGGACGCGUUUGAUGCACGCAAGUUUGGUGCCGGGCAGGAGUUCUCGUUCGAAGAUGUCCCUUGGCCGACCCUGCGCCAACCUCUGUCUUUCGGCCCAGAAGACAUCGACUGGAGCGAGGUUGAGACGUUCUUCGGUGCCGCUCGUUCACGCAUGCGGUGGGCAGACUACGCUUCGUUUGUCGAGAAGAGUCACAGGCGGUUCCACCCUGACCGUUGGCGCUCGCGCGGCGUGUUGACGUCGGUCGUGGACGAAACGGCGCGCAAUGCCAUGGAGGUCGCCGCGAAUACUGUUGCGCAGGCGUUGACGCCGCUGUGGCGUGAGGCGAAGGGCCGUUGA